AUGGACCCACAUGUUCUCGACAUUGCCUUACCAACUAGCAAAACAUCUGCGCCUACUGUGACUGCAUCUGACACUAAGGCCAUAAUUGCUGAAUUACUGGAAGUCUCCGAGGCUUUACAAGAAACAAUCAGGCCAAGCCAUUCUCUGGAAAACUUUAGCCACCCAAUCCCUGUCAACUUCUUCUUCGCCCCCUGGAUAGCUCUCUUGUUCUUGGCUAUGGGGGUUCCACCAUCAGUCACCAAAGUCCUUCACCACUCCCUUUGGUACAUUCUAAUGACACCAAUUUUCUGCCUUGAGCUUAAGAUCUAUGGGCAGUGGAUGUGGGGCCAAACGAGGCUUUCAAAGGUGGCCAACCCUUCAAAUCAUUUAUCAAUUGUUGGAAACUUUGUGGGGGCUUUAUUUGGAGCUUCUAUAGGCCUAAAAGAAGGGUCUAUCUUCUUCUUUGCUAUUGUUUUGGCUCAUUACACUGUGUUGUUUGUUAUUCUCUACCAGAGACUUCCCACAAAUGAGACCCUCCCUAAAGAGCUCUAUCCAGUGUUCUCCUUUGUUGCAGCACCUAGUGUUGCUUCUAUGGCUUGGGCUAAGAUUCAGGGCUCUUUCGAUUAUGGAUCGCGAAUAGCCUUUUUCAUCGCCUUUUUCCUUUAUUUCUCGCAGGCUGUCCGGAUCAAUUUUUUCAGAGGAUUCAAAUUCUCUCUUGCUUGGUGGGCCUAUACUUUUCCAAUAGAAAGGAAAACUUAG